AUGCGCCCGCUGCCCAUCGGCGUGCCGGGCGAGAUCCUGCUCGGCGGUGCGGGAGUCGGCAAGAACGAGUACCUCGGCCGGCCGGACCUGACCACGCAGGCGUUCCUCUCCAGCCCCUUCCCCGUGCCCGGUGACGGCGGCAAGCCCGCGCGGCUGUACCGCACCGGAGACUACGGCCGACUGGACAAGUCCGGCUUCCUGGCCAUCGAGGGCCGCAUCGCCGGCGACACCCAAGUCAAGCUCCGCGGCUUCCGCAUCGAGCUGGCCGAGAUCGAGCGCGUCAUGCUCCGAGAAUCUGACGGCCAGCUCGCCCAGGUGGUCGUCACCGCACGCGGUGUGGAUGAUGGGGAGGCAGAGGGCUUCCUCGCGGCGCACGUGGUGCUCGAGAGCCAAAGCACCGACGCCGCGGCCACUGCCCAGGUCAUCAACCGACUCCGCUCUCGCCUUCCCCUCAGCCUGCCACAAUACAUGUGCCCGGCUAUCAUCGUCCCGCUCGCCAAGCUCCCCCUCACAUCCAACGACAAAGUCGACCGGCGCGCCGUCCAGGCCCUGUCCCUCCCUAAAACCACCACCGCCUCCACCACCGCCGACGGCACCCAGCCAGCACAGCCUCUAACCCCCACCGAAUCGCGCCUCGCGACUCUCUGGGCCGGCGUGCUCCCCCAACGCGGCGGCGGUGUGCUGCAGCCGCGUUCGGAUUUCUUCACGGCCGGCGGCAACUCGCUGCUGCUAGUCAAGCUGCAGGCGGCCAUCAAGCGGGAGUUUGGCGACGCGCCACGCCUCAGCAAGCUGAUGAGCGCCACCGAGCUGGGUAGCAUGGCGGCACUUCUCGACCAAGCUGGCGCAACCGCACUGGACUGGGAGCGCGAGACCGCCCUGGACCUCCCGCAAGGCGUUACAGCGCCGGCCAAGGCGCGCGAGAACGGUGCGGGCCUGCGCGUGCUGGUGACCGGCGCCUCCGGAUCCCUAGGCAAGCGCAUCGUGCGCCGACUAGUGGGCGACAACCGCGUCGCCACCGUCGUCUGCCUCGUCCGCCCAACCGAGGGCCGCGACCCCUCCACCCUCUUCUUCGCGGCCGGCCAAGCGGACAACGCCAAGAUCCGCACCAUCCUCGCCGACCUGCCCACCAUCCCCACCACGCACCCAGACCUCGACCCCGCCAUCAUCGACGCGGUCAUCCACUGCGCCGCCGACCGCUCCUUCUGGGACGGCUACAGCGCGGUCAGCCUGUCAACGUCGACGCGCUCAAGGCCUCGCUGCUCUCUCCUGACCGCCGGCGCUCACCUGCACGCACUCAGCUCCGGCGCGCUGGGCGCCUUCGAAGACCCCAACACCUACAACACGAAAUCCACCCUCCCGCGCCCCUCCCCCACCGACGGCUACCUCGCCUCCAAGUGGGUCGCGGAACGCUACCUGGCGCGCGCGGUGCGCGAGGCCGGUCUCCGCGCGACGGCGCACCGGCCGAGCGGGGCGGUGCCGGCGUCGGAGCGGGAGGGCAAGGAAGUGCUUGCUGCGAUGGCGGGGGAUAUGCUGCGGCUGUCGGCGAGCCUGGGCGUGCGGCCGGAUUAUGCGCGGUUGUCGGGGUCGUUUGAUGUGGGCAGGUUGGAGGAUGUGGCGGCGGCGGUGGUGGGUGAGGUGACGGGUGGGUUGGGUGGACAGGGUGGUGAGGAGGGGAUGGGCGUGGUGGAGUAUCCUGGGAUGGCAAGUGUGCAGAUUCGGGAGUUGGCGGAGUAUGCGGAGAUGUUGCUUAAGAAUGGGGGUGCGGAGGCGGAGGCUGUGAAGGGAUUGCCGAUGGUGCCGGCGCUGCAUUGGGUUGGUUUGGCGAAGCGCGCUGGGUUGUUUGAGUGGUUGUUGACGGCGCAGCAUUUGGUGGUUGAUGAUGAGGAGGGCCGCAAGAUUGUGUCGAGGCGUUGA